AUGUCUUCCCUCCCGGAGCGCUUCGUCAUCAUCGUUGAUGGCCAACACGUAGCCAAGCCAGAGCACGACCACAAUGAAAUCCGCCCCGCUGAAGUCGGCGAUAAGUCUUCCGCCGCCACAUUUGAGCUUCAGGGAGAUACUCUUGUCAGCGGUGACUGGGCCUUGGGCUGCAGCAAGCUUGCAGGCCAGGUAACGAACCACUUUAGAGUGCCUGCCUCAGUUGUUGUCUGGUUCAGAAAGGACCAGGCACAGGAACUCUAUCCGGUUCUAGUGAAGGAAGGGGAAGAUGGGCCUCAGCUCAGAUUUGCCCACAACUCUAUUGACGAAGAGGGUGGCCCUUUGACUCUCGCCGGCAAGCAGCUUCUCUCCUAUACCGCAGGCGACCUCGGUGAAAAAACAGCUGUCGAGAUCGUCUCCAGUCAGGAGUAA